AUGCCCCUUGUCUUUUUCUACCCAAAAAAUCAAGUUAAUGCCAUCCCAAAUGGGCCUAAAACAAUAUCAAAUGUUCUAUCAAACUCUUUGUCAAAAAUAUUAAGUUAUUACUAUCCAUGGGCUGGAACUCUAAAAGACAACGCCACUAUUGAGUGUGAUGACCAAGGCGCUGAGUUCUUGGAAGUUCAAAUUAAUUCUUCAAUGGACAAAGUUGUCAAUCACCCUGACUCAAAUGUCAAAGAUUUGACAUUUCCUCAAGGUUUACCUUGGGCAAAUGGCGUUGAUCGCGCCUUGAUUGUAGCUCAAUUAAGUCAUUUUGAUUGUGGAGGAAUAGCACUCAGUGUUUGCUUGUCGCACAAAAUAGGAGACGGAAGUAGUGCCCAUUGCUUCUUGAGAGAUUGGGCUGCAUUAACUCGAAAUUCAAAUACAAACCCAUCUCCUUAUUUCGUCGAGGACUCCAUCGUACCAUCGCCAAUUGGUCCAUUGGUUUCCCCUGUUAUUGGAUCAGACACGGACAAAUGCGUCCAAAAGAGGUUUGUUUUCUCUAGCACAAAGCUAAGUGCAUUAAAAUCGUCAAUUGGCGUGCAAAAUGUAACGAGCAACGAAGCUGCAAAUGCUCUUAUCUACAAAUGUGCUGCAUCUUCUGGCACUGUGGUUAACUCGGGCUCGUUCAAGCGAUCUCAGUUGGUCCAAUUUCUCGAUAUACGAGAAAUAACUUCACCUCAACUCCCACCAAACUCCAUAGGAAAUCUCAUCUCCAUAAUCUCCUCACCGAUAUAUGAAGACAAGGAAGAGCUCAAGUUACCAAACUUGGUAACCGAUAUAAAAAAGUCUAAAAAUUACCUCUCCGCAAGAGAUAAUAAUGUUGAAGAAAAUGAAUUCGCUAUAGAGAUGUUAGAUGCAUAUAGAUCAGGGGAAGUGACAUUCUAUAAAAGGAAAUGUGAUCACUACUUUUCGAGUAGCGUAUGUAAGUUCCCAUUUUCACAAGAUUUAGAUUUUGGAUUUGGGAAGCCUAUUAGAUCAAGCAUUGCAAAGGGUCCAAUUAACAAAUUUAUUCAUUUGAUGAGGACAUAUGAUGGAGGAAUUGAAGCUUUUGUUAACUUGAAUGAACAAGAAAUGAGUGUGUUCGAGCAUGAUGAUCAACUUCUUGAAUUUGCUACUCCAAUUAACGAGGACUUUUGUAACAAAGAAGAACAGUAA